AUGGCUUUCUGUAUAACCUUCGGAACACAAGCGCGCUAUGCGCAGAGCGCCCCUGACAAUCGUACAGAGUUCACCAAGAACCUCAAAGGCGCUGAGAACAUCACAGCUCAGUGUCGCAACUGCGGCAACUGGUCUGCUCGCUGCAUCACUCGCUGGCCCUGGUUCACUUUAUGCUUCAUUCCUAUCCUCCCUCUCGCAACCCAUAAACAUACUGAGGUCGCCUGCCACGUCUGCAGAUUUCACCAAGACAUCAAAGAUCGGCCUGACGUCCAGGGCAUGAUUGCGAAUGGUGGUCAAGGUCAGCAGCCACCGCCACAACAAGGACCAAACUCAGGUUGGGGUGGUCCGCCACCACCAGGACAAGCAGGUGGAUAUUACGGGCAAGGUGGUCAAGGGCCGAAACCGCAAUAUCAUUGA